CAUAUCAAAUACAGAAAAAUUGUAAUAAACGCAAAACUACGAAAUAAAUAAAAUCUAAUGCACGAGAGGAUUCGAACCCACGACCUACGGACUACCAGACCAGCGCUCCACCACUACGCUACGGACGCUUAGUUAUUUUCUUAAUUAAAAUCAAACAUAAUGACAAAAUUACUGUUAAUUUUCGUUCUCAUUGUUAUUGUCAAUUCAUACCUCGUGAGUGCUGAGAGUAAACAAGAAAUUAAAUGUUCCAGAGGAUACUGUCGCACAACUGAUGAGUGUUGUGAAGGUUUAGUAUGCUUAUUUUACGCUGCAAAGUGUGUGUCAAAAAGAAGUAUUCUCGAAGAUAGAAGAUUCAUCAUUUCAUAGAAAAUAGAAU